AUGGCCAUAGGCACAACUGCCAUAGAGCCCAACACCAUUAAGCGACCGAUAGAACAGGACGGCGACCGAGAACCGUCAGAUCCAGUAAAGAAGCGGCGGCUUAGUGGUGCAAGAACUGAACCGCCUUCACCACAGAAUGAGAAGCCCCUUCAAGAGGAAGCCGCCGAGGCACCGAGGCCGCGUUCCAUAUCGCCCGAAGACUCGUCUCUAUUUGAUAACUCGACAAUCGAAAACUCCCAGGUCACAGUCAUAUCAGAACCGGAUAUUGAAACUACUGUUGCCCCUGCUGCCACCGAGAAUCGACCGCGUCAAGGUAGUAUGACACGCGAGGAAGCCCGGCAGAAGGUAGAGAUAUUGCGACUUCGCCUAGGGCUUGCGAGCUAUAAAGUCAAAACAAAUCAGACCGAUGUUCCUCUUGAGAGGUUACAAAAGCGACCGAUUCCUGGCAGAGUUACGAAAAAGACACCAACAAAACAGAUUCCACCAACGACUACCUUGUCAUCAACUCUACAAGCCACAUCAGUACAGUGCUUAGCGGCAAUGGCAAAGAGGAACGAGCAGCAACGCUUGAGCUCACCAGCCAGGAUAGAAAGAGCAUCUCCUCGGAAUGUGGUGCCACCAGUCUCAUCACAUAGUAGAAACGGGUCGGGCAGCUCAGUGACUUGCAUCGAUGCAAAUGAAUCUCCAUCGAGAACACAGGAAUCGGAACAAAGACUGCCUCCUGAAGUCCUCAGCACACCACAACAGAGGCUUCCCAAAAUAGACGACAAGUUUGAAGAUAGUGAACGAGGUGGUGCAGCAGAGGGACUACUGAGUCUCUCACAGAGCUCACCGGCAUCAAUGUUCGAAAUAAAAAGCACCCCGAAAUAA